GCCGGAGCGGGGCGCCCGCGCAGCCCAUGGCGGAGAAGCGCAUCCUGUGCGUCGGCCUCGUGUGCCUGGACGUCAUCAGCGUGGUGGACCGCUACCCGCCCGAGGACUCGGACACCAGGUGCCUGUCGCAGCGCUGGCAGCGCGGGGGGAAUGCCUCCAACACGUGCACCGUCCUGGCCCUGCUGGGCGCCCCGGCCGCCUUCAUGGGCUCGCUGGCUCCCGGCCACGCUGCAGACUUUGUCCGUGGCGACUUCCAGCACUACGAGGUGGACCUCGCCCAUGUGGCCGUGCACCCGGCAUGCACCUUGCCCAUCUCGAUGGUGAUCAGCAACGCGGCAACAGGCACCCGCACCAUCCUGCACGCUGCGAGCAACCUGCCAGAUGUGUCAGCUGCUGAUUUCGAGCAGGUCAACCUGUCUCAAUACAAGUGGAUCCACUGGGAGGGCAGGAACGCCUCCGAGCAGGUGAAGAUGCUGCAGAGGGUGGAGAAACACAACCGAACCUGCCCGGCCUCUGAGCGCGUGGCCACCUCUGUGGAGGUGGAGAAGCCACGGCCGGAACUGUACCAGCUCUUUCCCCAUGGAGACGUGGUGUUCGUCAGCAAGGACGUGGCCAGGGCCUUGGGGUUCUGCUCAGCCCCAGAGGCUGUGAAGGGGCUGUACGGGCGCCUGAAGCCAGGGGAAGCCUCUGCAGGCAGCGCUGACCGACGGGUGCCGCGUGGCUGGACGGAAGUGCGGCGUGCAGGGCUACGAUGGGAUCGUGUGAAGAAGCCGCGUCUGCCGCUGGGCCGGGAACCCGCCGGGGAGCCCAGUCUGCCGUCGGCGGCGCCCCCCGCACGUGCCCUGCUGCCGGGGCGCUCAGCCAGACUCUCUGCCCUGCCUGUACCAGGUGGUUCGUCCCGGCGGGCCCUGGGCGCCUCCCCCUGCCAACGGAGGGGGAGGGGCUGGCCUGUGUGCCGCUUCUCCAGUACAGACCAAUAAAAUGCUCGAACCAGCUGCUGGCUCCCUGUGCCACAACCAGCCCCACGCGAGAAUCUGGGGAAUCUGGGUCGGGAGGGGAGCGGGUGACUUCUGGAGGCCACACGGAACAGAGUCUGGCAGCGACGCCAUUCCUUGCCCUGAUC